AUGCAGUUCUUCGCUAUCCUCGCCAUUGCUUUCGCCGCCACCGGUGCUUCCGCCUGCAAGGACGACAACAUCUUCUGCGCUCCAGGCAUGGGUGCUUGCACUGAUCCCGCCGCGAACUGCGCCAAGCGCUCCGUCGACACCACCUUCGGUGGCUUUGCCAACGUUGCCCGCACUGUCAACAUCAUGUCCAAGCCCGCUGAGGCUAAGAUCGAUGCCGAGUAA